UCACCAGUUAAAGGUAAGAAAAGUUGCAGAGAUUCGGAUCGAUGGACUCUACAUGCAGAUUUGGGAAAUACAGAGUGGAGCGGGAGGUGCUGGAUGAGCAGAGAUUGGAGGAGGUUACUCAGAGAAAAGCUCACUCUGACAAUCAAUCUCCUCUAACUGAACGCCUAAAAGACUCCUUAAGAUGUACUGUACCCAGACUGAAACACCGUGUGAUGAGCAGCUUGCCGGUGUUGUACUGGCUGCCCAAGUACUCGGUGUGGGACUAUGGCAUGCCAGACCUCAUCUCUGGCAUCAGUGUGGGCAUAAUGCACCUUCCCCAAGGCUUGGCAUAUGCGAUGUUGGCUUCCGUACCUCCUGUAUUUGGGCUUUACUCCUCCCUCUAUCCAGCAUUGAUCUACUUCUUUUUUGGAACAUCACGUCAUAUCUCUAUCGGGACAUUUACUGUGCUCAGCAUCAUGGUGGGCAGUGUGACAGAGAGACUUGCUCCAGAUAUGGAUUUCCUCAUAAAAAAUGGGACCAACGUCACCGCAGAGGUGAACAUAACUGCCCGGGACUCAUACAGGGUGCAGGUGGCAGUGGCUACUACGGUCCUAGGAGGGCUAAUUCAGGUGGCUCUGGGUUUGGUGAAGUUUGGAUUUGUGGGAACGUACUUGUCUGAGCCUCUGGUGCGGGCUUACACAACGGCUGCUUCAGCUCAUGCCGUGGUGGCACAACUGAAGUACAUAUUUGGAGUUUCACCAACACGGUUUAGUGGUCCCUUUUCAAUGGUGUAUACUCUGAAGGAUGUUUGCUCCUUGCUUCCUCACACUCAUCUUCCCACGCUGGUGGUCAGCGCUGUGUCCAUGGUGUUUUUGAUUGCAGCAAAGGAGCUCAACUCUUUCCUCAGUCCAAAGCUGCCAGUGCCGAUCCCAGUGGAGCUCAUCACAAUUGUGGCGGGGACAUUGAUAUCAGCCUAUACCCACUUGAACAGCAACUACACUAUUUCAGUUGUUGGAGAAAUUCCGAGUGGUCUCAGUGCUCCCAGUGUACCAGAUGCAAGUCUCUUUGGAGAGGUUAUUGGAGAUGCUUUUGCAUUGGCCAUGGUUGGAUAUGCCAUAUCUAUUUCACUUGGCAAAACCUUUGCACUGAAACAUGGAUACAAGGUGGAUAGCAACCAGGUAAGUAAUAUCUUUAAUAAACGUUGUUUCUGCAGAUACCUUUUGGUGUACAAUAGUUUUCUCACACCUUAUUUCUCGUCCCAUUCACAUGUUUCUGUCUUCACGCGGCUGCAGGAGCUGGUGGCGCUGGGUCUCAGUAAUGCAGUGGGAGGAUUCUUCCAGUGCUUUUCCGUCUGCUCCUCUAUGUCUCGAAGUCUGAUUCAAGAAACCACCGGAGGGAAAACUCAAAUGGCUGGCGUUGCCUCGUCUCUCAUUGUGUUGGUGACUAUACUGAAACUCGGACCCUUGUUCCAGGAGCUGCCAAAGGCUGUCCUUGCCGCGAUUGUCUUUGUUAAUCUAAAGGGCAUGUUCAAGCAGCACUCGGACAUUGUAACACUGUGGAAACGCAGCAAAAUAGAUCUGAUGGUGUGGUUGGUCACUUGGGUGUCAACACUGCUGCUCAAUCUGGAUCUGGGUCUGGCAGCAUCGAUCCUCUUUGCUCUGCUGACUGUCAUAUUCAGAACUCAAAUGCCAACAUACUCUGUUCUGGGAAACGUUCCAGGUACAGAACUGUAUGUGGAUAUAGAGACCCACACAGAGGUGAGAGAGGUUCCUGGUGUGACUAUAUUUCGCUCCUCCUCUACAGUUUAUUUUGCCAAUGCUGAUCUGUACCUCGAGGCUCUGAAAGAGAAGAGUGGGCUGGACAUCAGUAAAAUGAUUAUCUAUAAGAAGAGGCAGGAGGCCAAACAGAGACGCAGAGAAAGAAGGGCGGAGAGACGGGCAAAAAGGCAAGCCAAAAAAGAGAGACGGGCAGAACAGAGGGCAGCUAAACAUCUAUCUGGACCGCCGGUGUUCUCUGUGGAGGAAGAGGCCAACAGCUGGAGGAACCCCUUUGUGGACGGGGAUGUUACAGACAGAGAGCAGCAGGACUGCGAUGAAAGGGAGAACGGGACCGUGUUUGUCAUCCCAACCACUCCUCGAACCCCUGACAGAUGGGAGUACCUGAAGGGAGGAGCACCAGACUGCACCAGUUUAGGGUCAAUCUCCGAGCUGCAGGAGGGGGACUCCACCACCCUGGGCUCCAGCAGUGAUGACACGCUCAGCCGCGAUCUGGAGCGCAUCUCUCUUGGGUCACUGGGCAAGUGGAGCUGGGAUAUUCACUCCAUCAUUAUCGACCUCUCCACUGCUAACUUCAUUGACACAGUGGCAAUCAAGACUUUCAAAAAUAUUAUCCAUGACUUCAGUGAGAUUGAUGUAGAUAUCUACAUUGCUGGUUGUCAAGCCCCUGUGGUGAAACAAUUAGAGCUUGGUGACUUCUUCUCCGAGACGAUUACAAAGAGAAGUCUUUUUGCCUCCGUUCAUGAUGCUGUGCUCUACUGUCUGAACCACCGCGGAGCCACAUCUAUCCCCCGAUACGAGCCAUCAGUGGAUACAUACAACGGCACGAAACUUUGAGGUUUUUUAACCAAAAGGGGCAUCCAGCACUGAAGAUGGGAACAAUGUCUCAACAUCUAAUAUUACUUUAUAAAGUAAUGAUGGACAAUUAUUGUGUUAUAUUUAUAUAUAUAUUAUACCUUAUCUUAUCUUUCAAGUAGGAAGACUUAUGACACAUGAUCUUUAUUCAGUUUUUAUUCAAUCUGGAAGAGUGAUAGAGUGCAUUUUAGAGAAAAAAUAAAUAAAAUCCAUGAAACACAAACGAUACCUUUUUGAAGAAGAAUUUGGUAGAAAAUAACAAGGAAUUCAAAGAACAAAUACAAGACCACAUGCAUCACGGUGACAGUGUGUCAGCCUUUUUUGGUAAUGGCAGCAAUAACAACAUAGGACAUUGAAAUGUUUACAGUAGCCAUUUCAAUUUUCAAGUGCAAUUUCUGCUCAUAGCAACAGCAAAAUCUGUGAAGCUAAUACAUGCAAAGGGAUUUUUUAAAGAGUUUCUAGUGCAACAUUCCUAAAAUGGUAAAUUAUGAGGGAUUCAAAAAUAACAGGAUAACAAUAUCCGAGCAAUACUAAACAAAAGCAUCUCUUUACAGUUGCAUAAACCCACUGUGACCUCAUUCCCUGAAUAAACCUUGUCUCUACAUACUGGCCACAGAGGAUGUUGCCAAAGACGUUGUGCACAUGACUGAGGAAGGCUAAGUAGGUUUUUAUUUUUAUUUUUGGUUAAUGAGCUACAAGUCUUGAUGGAUAUCAGAACUCUGCGUCUCCUGGUUUAGAGUCAGAUCUUCCUCAUCAUCGUCCUCUGACUGCUGUGAAACCAGCUGCUGGUAGCGAGCCUGCCGCUGGUAAUCCGGGUCGAUGUUGAUCCAUUUAUUUGCAACCCACUUAGUGCCCUUGGUGACCAUGCAUCCCCCAUGCAGAGCAUAUUCAUCCUGCUCUCCUACCCAACCUUUUGAGAGAGGAAGAUGAAAUAAUUUAACGGGGCAUGUCAUUAUAAGCCCACAUUUACAUUUGGAUAUCUGGAAAGGUCACCGGCUUACAAUCUGUUAUAUCAGACAUGACAGUCAAAUUUUGUGGAAAUGUGAUUCAACGAGCCAUUCAGGUUUUUGCUCCCCUCCCUAUGCAGGCUUGUUGGAAUAUAUUGACCCCACAUCUCCACCCACAAGUUAUGAACCUGAAAAUGAGUGUCAUAUAAGUGAAAUGUAAUGUAUCCUCUCUAAUGUCGAUGAGCCACUUCCUUUUAAUGAUGUCUGUUUUUUUAGGGCUCACACUGAUGUUAUGGUUAACAAACAAAACCGCUUGGUCACGAUACAUUGACAAAGAGGAUGAAGCUUUAUUCUUGUAACAGCUGAGUUUAUAUAUUAGUUUAUCUAGGGAUCAACCAUAGUGCACUCAACCUUUGCUUUAUUUUUACAGUAUGUAGCUGUCUUUCUAGAUAACCUUUAAUCUUUAAAACAUUUUUUAAAAUCUCAACACUUUGACUCCAGUUCAUAAGUUUAAUUCUGUGCCACAAAAUUGUGAUAUUUACAUGUGAGUUGCCAAUAUGUAUUAAAUUGAAAUAAAAUGUCGGGAUCUACUGUAUGCUAGCAGGGUGCCUAUGGGAUGGCAUUGCUGGCCAACCGUUUUGACUGAAAUGUCUCUCCAACUAUUGGAUUGAUUGUGACAACUUUGGUGACCCUAAAACCUUUUAAUCUAGUGGCAUGAUUAGGUCAGAGUUUUCACUUAGUAGGUGACAUUUUGUAUACGGACAUUCAUGGUUUUCUGGACAGUGUAUCCUAAUGAAUUUGGUGAUCCUCUGACUUGUAAUCUAGUGCUACAAUGAGGUUCAUUUGUCAAAUUCAAAUGACACUAAUGACCAUCAGCUGUGCCAUGUGUUUAGUGCUAAAUAGCUAAUGCUAACAUGAUAAACUAAGGACUGCAGGUGGAAAUGAGCUAUUAGCUCAAAUCUGGCAAUGAGAUGAAUGUAGUGGUAUGCAUGGUACUUGUUGAAAUAAAUACAUAAAUUGUUAGAUGGUGAACAUGGUACAUGUUUGCAUCGCCCUUUUGAACAUUAGCAUAGAGACAUUUGCAUUUAGCUCAAAGCACAACUGACUACUACAUAACUGAGGACUCAAAGUCUUGUUUACUUUUCAAUAAUAUUGUGAUGUUUUGAAAACUAUUUGUAAACAGACUUUACCUUUUUAUAUUUGCGCUGUCAUAUGUGUAUACCAGUAAAAUUGUUAAUUUUGAA